CUUCCGGGGGCGGCUGGGAGCACAGCGCUCGGGCGACGACGUCGGGGGCGGCCCCGGCGACUUGGACGACGCUCGGGGCUUGCACAGCCUCGCCAUGCCGACCGUGGAGGAGCUUUACCGCAACUACGGCAUCCUGGCCGAUGCCACGGAGCAAGUGGGCCAGCAUAAAGAUGCCUAUCAAGUAAUACUGGAUGGUGUGAAAGGUGGUACCAAGGAGAAAAGAUUAGCAGCUCAGUUUAUUCCAAAAUUCUUUAAGCAUUUUCCAGAAUUGGCUGACUCUGCUAUUAAUGCACAGCUAGACCUCUGUGAGGAUGAAGAUGUAUCGAUUCGACGACAGGCAAUUAAGGAAUUGCCUCAAUUUGCCACUGGAGAAAAUCUUCCCCGAGUAGCUGAUAUACUAACCCAGCUUUUGCAAACAGAUGACUCAGCAGAAUUUAACUUAGUGAACAAUGCACUACUGAGUAUAUUUAAGAUGGAUGCCAAAGGGACUUUAGGUGGCUUAUUCAGCCAAAUACUUCAGGGAGAAGAUAUUGUCAGAGAACGAGCCAUCAAAUUCCUUUCUACAAAACUCAAAACCUUACCAGAUGAAGUCUUAACAAAGGAAGUAGAAGAACUUAUACUAACUGAAUCUAAAAAGGUUCUAGAAGAUGUGACUGGUGAGGAAUUUGUGCUUUUCAUGAAGAUCCUGUCUGGGUUGAAAAGCUUACAGACAGUAAGUGGAAGGCAGCAACUCGUAGAGUUGGUGGCUGAGCAGGCUGACCUGGAACAAACCUUUAAUCCCUCGGACCCUGACUGUGUGGACAGACUCCUGCAGUGCACUCGGCAGGCAGUCCCCCUUUUCUCUAAAAAUGUGCAUUCCACAAAGUUUGUGACUUAUUUCUGUGAGCAUGUCCUUCCUAACCUCAGUUCCUUGACUACCCCAGUGGAAGGCCUUGAUAUACAGUUGGAGGUUUUGAAACUGUUGGCCGAGAUGAGCUCAUUCUGUGGUGACAUGGAAAAACUAGAAACAAAUUUAAGGAAACUCUUUGAUAAGUUAUUGGAGUACAUGCCUCUUCCUCCAGAAGAAGCUGAAAAUGGGGAGAAUGCUGGCAAUGAGGAACCCAAACUGCAGUUCAGUUAUGUUGAGUGUUUGUUGUAUAGCUUUCACCAGUUGGGACGGAAACUUCCAGAUUUCUUAACAGCCAAACUCAAUGCAGAAAAACUCAAAGAUUUCAAAAUCAGGCUGCAGUACUUUGCACGAGGCCUACAGGUCUACAUUAGACAACUUCGCUUGGCACUCCAGGGCAAAACAGGGGAGGCCUUAAAAACAGAAGAGAACAAGAUUAAAGUUGUUGCACUGAAAAUAACAAAUAAUAUCAAUGUUUUAAUCAAGGAUCUCUUCCACAUUCCUCCUUCUUAUAAGAGUACGGUAACACUGUCCUGGAAACCUGUACAGAAGGUUGAGAUGGGGCAAAAGAGAGCCAGUGAAGAUACAACUUCAGGUUCACCACCCAAGAAGUCUCCAGGAGGACCAAAAAGGGAUGCCAGGCAGAUUUACAAUCCUCCAAGUGGAAAAUACAGCAGCAAUCUAAGCAACUUUAAUUAUGAGCAGAGAGGAGCCUUCAGGGGAAGUAGAGGUGGCCGAGGUUGGGGAGCACGAGGAAACAGAAGUCGAGGAAGACUCUACUGAUGCCCAUCACAUUCUUCAGCAUUGUUGUGAGCUUAAUAAUAUACUUAAAUUCUACUACUCAUUGGAUUGCCGGGGAUGACCCUUUAAAGACUGCUGCCUUCAGCUAAAAACUUAAUGUUCUUUAUACCUUUGUAUGUAUGAUCUACUUUUGUAACAGACCAUGGUUGUGUCCGAGGUAAAACCACAGCGAUAUUUUUGGAUGCUUUGUCCACAAUCUUGACUUGUUUUUGCAAUAUCAUUAUUCAGACUUCCAUCUUGUGAAUCUUUUUAAAACAUCUUGGUAAUUCGUUGAGAGCUGUUCGAAUUGAAAUGUAAUGCAGUUCUGUUCAUUUCUGGUAACUGAUACUGAUCAUCUGUUUUGAAAGGUUAUUGAGGUUUUUUUUUUUACCCCCUCUGUCUUACAUCUUUUCACCCAACAUAUGGAGAAGAGUAAUGGUCAAUCUUAAGGUUUUCAUUUUUGUUUCCCUUUUUUUAAGCUGCUUGGCAGUGGUGCAGAUUCUUACCCAUGUUUAUCAGAAGAGCAAGAGCUCUCUUAAAAUGUAGAAAUGUCAUUACAUUUUUAGGAGAAGGUAAGUUGCUUUGCACUGCUUACUUAACUCUUCUCCAUAUGUUGUGAUAAGAACUUUUCAAUAUAGGAUCUUACUAUUGAAAUAUAAAUGUGUAUGUAUGACAUGCAUACAUAAACAUAUGUGUGUAUGUAUAUAUGCAUGCUGUGAAACUUGACUACAAAACAUAAAUCAUUUUCUUAAAUUCCAGGAAUGGAAUUUGACACAGUGAUUAUCCUUUUGAGGCUGAAUCCAUUAUUAACUUGUUAAGUAGGAUUUCCUUCCAGUAGUGAGGAAUUUUGAGUCAGUUGCACUUACAUGAUUAUUGUUAUUUAAAGGUAAACAAAAGGCUGCAUUUUCAAAGAUAAGUUUGAAAGUUCUGUCAGAGAAAUACAGCCAAAAUACUGAAUAUAUGAUGUACAUAUAGGUUUCUACGGAAAUGAGAUAGAAUACUUUAGAAUUUUGAGGAUUUAAUAACCAGGGCAACUCGGGAAAGGUGAUGACACAGUGUACCGAUAAGAAAGGGAUGUUCUCUUGGUUUGCUUUUGCCACUUUCAAGAUUUUUUAACUUCUCAGGUUAUUAAUCAGAAUUAUUGUAUAAGUUAGCUAGUAGAGUCUUUAGGUUAAAACAACAGACGGGGGGUUUGUGGAGUGGUUCAUGUCAUGGGCAUUUUUUAGUAGCUUAGGCUCUUUGCUCUGCAUUUGAAUGUUUCUUAUAUUUUGUCUUUUCAGUUAAUCUUUCCUCUCCAUGUUUGCUAUUCAAAUCCAAUGCUUGGAUGACAUUUUGUAGUAGUUUUGACUUUGUUUUUGAGGAAUAGUUUGUAAAUGUAACACAGGUGUCUUCCUUACUAUUACCUCUGCAUUGGGGAAAAGAGCAGAACCCCUUUGUUAGAAUUACUGCACAUGUUUGGGGGGGUAUUUUUUUUUUUUAAGACUAAAAUGAUACAAGUGAGCAAAAAAAGUUGGUCAGCUUUCCUUGGAGUGGUGGCAAUAAUGUGUAAACAUUCCAAAAGACUCUGAGCUGAACCUAAGCUCUCUUGGACACAUAAUAGACAUAGGAACAUAGAACUGCCAUUUGAAAAACUUGGACCAGAUAGUCUGGACCUUGGAGGCAGUUAGGCAGUUCAGCCAGUGGCAUAAAAGCCAUUUCAAAGACAGAAACAAUAUGACGACUAGUUAAAUAAAUUUGUUCAUAAAUUAAUGUUCAUAAAUUUGAACCUUAAGUAGCUUUGUCAUUUUUUUAAAUUUCAAGCUUAAUUUUAAACUCAAAGGUGAGCAGAAAUGAUUUUGCAUUUUCCAAGUUUGAUCUUGAGUUGUCUCUGUUCCUUCACCACCUCACUAUCCCCUUUCCUAAGGCAAUAAUGCACAACUGAAGGUUACUUUUGCUGAAUGUUCUCGAAUGAAAAAAACUCAUACCAUGGAUUUGUUUUGUUUUGUUUUGCAAGAUACCUGUUUAUCAUCUUGUUCAAAUGUAAAUGGUUCCCAUAUGCUUUUGAAAUAAAUUUCCUUUUGUAAUUUU